UCCCCCUCUUUUUCCCCCCACAGAUUGCCAAGGAGGUGGCGAAGCUGCUGGAGAUGAAGGCGCAGCUGGGGUCAGAUGAAGGCAAACACAAGUUCGUGCUCAAGACCCCAAAGGGCACGCGGGACUACAGCCCCAAGCAAAUGGCCAUUCGGGAGAAGGUGUUCGAUGCCAUCAUCACCUGCUUCAAGCGCCACGGAGCAGAAGUGAUCGACACGCCCGUGUUCGAGCUGAAGGAGACGCUCACGGGGAAAUACGGUGAGGACUCGAAGCUCAUCUACGACCUGAAGGAUCAAGGAGGGGAGCUGCUGUCCCUGCGCUAUGACCUGACUGUGCCCUUUGCUCGCUAUUUGGCCAUGAACAAGAUCACCAACAUCAAGCGCUACCACAUUGCCAAGGUCUACAGGAGGGACAAUCCAGCCAUGACCCGGGGCCGCUACAGGGAGUUCUACCAGUGUGACUUUGACAUCGCCGGGCAGUUCGACCCCAUGAUUCCCGAUGCCGAGUGCCUGAAGAUCGUGCACGAGAUCCUGAGCGACCUGCAGCUCGGGGACUUCCUCAUCAAGGUCAAUGAUCGGCGGGUCCUGGACGGGAUGUUUGCGGUUUGCGGGGUCCCGGACAGCAAGUUCCGGACAAUCUGCUCCAGCGUGGACAAGCUGGACAAG